UCCCCUCUACAGCAUCUCCUGGACCCGAGAUCCUAAAAGACAGACCCGAGCACCAAUCACUAUCCCCAUAUCUAAAGACGGGCAGGCGGGACAAUAGGAGGGUCUCCUAUCCAUCACAUAGAAGGGGGCCCUUGCUACAUACAGAGCAGAAAAAAAUAUCAAUCUCAGCUUCAUUAUAUUUAUUUGAUACAUCAUUUAUUUUUCCUGCAGCCGAUUGACAUGUCCGCGUUCCUAUGGCUGAGUGCAUUUUUUGCUGUGACCGAUAGCAGACACCGACCGUAGUAUUUGAAUAACAUCAUCCUUAGCCACAUUGCAUCCGUCUGAGAAGAUUUUUUUUUAUAUGUUUUUAUUUUUUUUACUCAUCCGUACGUCCAUGUGUGUGUUUUUUUAUCCUUCAGACAAGGGGAGUCUUGUUUUUGACAUGAGACCUAGAUCCCUCCGUUCUGCAAUGCUAUCAUACCAAUGGGGAAGCAGCAGAGUGUGAUCUCUCCAAGACCACGGAAUUUGUCCCCCUAAGAUGCUGAGAGUGGACCCCCUCUUUAUCCUGGUGGUUUCCAUGUCGUAUUUCAACCCAGAAAAGGCCUUGGCAGCCCCAGCAGAAAGCGAUGGCUCGUCUCAGAGGGCCCCUCUUGCCCCACCAUACGCUGUGGUCCUUAUCUCUUGCUCUGGUCUGUUAGCCUUCAUCUUCCUGCUCCUCACCUGUCUCUGCUGCAAGAGGGGGGAUGUUGGAUUCAAGGAGUUUGAAAAUCCAGAUGGAGAAGAGUUUUCUGGGGAGUACACUCCACCUGCUGAGGAGACCUCCUCCUCCCAGUCUAUUCCUGAUGUCUACAUUCUUCCUCUCUCUGAGGUGUCUUUACCCGUCCCCAAUACACAGGCUCCUAAAACAGUAAAACAGACAGGAUUUAGUCGGCAGGACCUAAGCUACCUUCAGGAGAUUGGGAAUGGCUGGUUUGGAAAGGUCAUCUUGGGGGAGAUAUUCUCAGACUACACUCCUGCACAGGUAGUGGUUAAAGAGCUGCGGGUCAAUGCCAGCCCUUUAGAACAACGAAAGUUUCUGUCUGAAGCACAGCCAUACAGAAGCCUGCAACAUCCAAACAUCCUACAAUGCCUUGGACUGUGCACAGAAACUAUCCCGUUCCUCCUCAUCAUGGAGUUUUGCCAGCUGGGAGAUCUGAAAAGAUAUCUCAGGGCACAGCGAAAGGCAGAUGGCAUGACCCCUGACCUCUUAACAUGUGACCUUACAACCCUGCAAAGAAUGGCAUAUGAAAUAACUCUUGGACUUAUGCACCUCCAUAAAAACAAUUACAUACACAGUGAUCUCGCCCUAAGAAACUGCCUUCUCACCUCUGACCUCACUGUCAGAAUUGGGGACUAUGGCAUAUCUCAUAACAACUAUAAGGAGGACUACUAUAUUACUCCGGAUCGACUCUGGAUCCCAUUGCGCUGGGUUGCACCAGAACUUUUAGAUGAAGUUCACGGGAACUUAGUAGUGGUAGACCAAAGCAAAGAAAGCAAUGUCUGGUCUCUAGGAGUAACGAUAUGGGAACUCUUUGAAUUUGGAAGUCAACCAUAUCGUCACCUAUCAGAUGAAGAGGUCUUAGCUUUUGUAAUUAAAGAACAGCAAAUGAAAUUGGCCAAACCACGUCUCAAGCUACCUCACUCUGACUACUGGUAUGAGGUGAUGCAGUCCUGUUGGCUUUCCGUUGAACAAAGACCUACAGUAGAAGAACUUCAUCUGCAGCUCACUUACUUGUUAAAUGAAUGCUCCAACCAGACAGAAGAAAGCUUUGAAUGGCGCUGGAAUGCCCUCAAACCAACAAAGUCAUCAGUGGGUCCCUUGAGACACUCCGAUGAGAUCUCGGCAUUUCCACUGCUGGAUAACUUUAGUGGUGGGGAUGGUUUUCAUGCAGACAUGGAUGACAUCUUAACUGUUACAGAGAGCAGUCGUGGACUCAAUUUUGAGUACAUGUGGGAGAAAGCCAGAUUAGGACGCUGGAAAGCAACAUCUCAGUGUCAAGACUAUGUGCCAAAUAAUGGAAAUUUGACUGUACCUGCCAAUCCUUUCUAUGAUUCCAGCCAUCAACAUUCUCGCCAAAGCUUGGAGACUCCAAGUGUUGUCCCUGUCAUCAGUGCCCGUAGCCCUUCAGUAAGCAGUGAAUAUUAUAUACGGUUAGAGGAACAUACAGACAGGGGUAGUGGGGUGGACUGUACUGUCUGUGCUCCUAGUCCCAUUUAUGAAAGAAAGUAUGACAUGCAGGAGCAGCGAUCACUACAUCAACGCUUAUCACUUGGAAGUCCAUCUUCACCGCUGGAGCCACUGUUUCCCUCUGACUGGGACCCACUUGAGAGUGGCAGAACUAGUCCAGAUGAUCCCCCUGCUCAUCUUAUUUUACACGAAGUUCCUAAACUCAUAGAUCGAUGGACACCUAGUAACAAUAAUCCUUUUAUUACUGUAGGAAGAGAAUUGCCUCGCUAUGUAAAUCCUUUCCGUGGCCCAGUUGAUAGAGACUUAUCAAGGCAAGUACAGGAGACGUCCCUAAUGGAGCCCUCUCUGUCUGAUGUGUUUUCUUCUGAUUCAAUUUUAAAUGUUUAUAGAGACAUAGAAGAUCAUAGGAGGAGCUGGGAUUCAGACACUUUAGAAGAGAGAGGGGCUGGAGAAACCCUUGCUGGAGAUCCAGAGUCUUUGGCAGAAUUUUUAGAUGAUCGUGCAUCACCUUGGGACUGUGAACCUUCAUUAAUGGAAGAUCAAAGCACUGAAAGCAGUAGUAGUAGCACAGAUAACAGCAGUCAUCGCAACAUGCCUUCCUGUCCCCUUUGUAGUAGAGGGGUGAUGGGUAGUCUACAGAGAUGUUCUUGUGCAAUGCUACGUGGAGAUGUUGUAAUUGACUGGACCACACAUGUUGCCAUGCAUCAAGACCAUUAUGGCCUGGAUGAUGAUUCUUCUCUAAAAGUCGAACAGGGUUCCUUAUCAGAGUGCUCUAUACCUGCAAGAACUUUUGGUGAUGGGGACCUUUAUGCUGGUCCUUUUGGAGAUAGUCUUUGUGCAGCAGAGCACCAAGAAUUUUAUGAUCCUUUAAUGGGAGCAGCUGUGAAAAGUUAUGACAUUCAAGACUAUCGUAACCGUCAGGUGAAAAGUUAUGAAUCAUUGCAGAAGAGUAUUUCUAAUCACCCUCCUUCCCCUUUCAUUGGAAUUUCAAACUCAAUGGCCAACUGCAGUGUUAUUGUUCCAAUUGAAAUCCCACCUCUUUCUACCUUAGCAGAAAGCAUUGAAGAGGAGACAAUAGAAAUCAUUCCAGAUGUACUAAAUAGGUUCCCUGUGAACCAUUGCACAUUGCCAACCGAAAAGCCACCACAUGUCUCUAGAGCAACAUUAGACUCUGUUGAUUCUCUGGACAUUCCCUCUAACACAAGUUCAUCAGAUGUAUGUAGCCCAGCUUCUCAUUUCUCAUCCCCUGGACAGAAGUUUGGGGAUAGUGGCUAUGAAACAGAAAAUACAUUUUCCCCAGAAUUUAUUUUCAAAGAGGUGAAAGAGGAAGAAGAAACAGGUGUUAAAGAUCUGAAGGUACCUUUGACCCCUAUAUCAGAAUCAACUAGUGAUUUGACUUUAACAGAGGACUUCUCUGAAUCACAGGCUACACCUAUGGAAGAAGAUGGCUUCCUUAGAACUUUAAAUCUUGCCACACCACAUCGAGAUUCAGCAUAUUUUUCUGACUACGACAAUGAACCUGAUAAACACAACAGAGUAUCUCGGCAAAAACCGGAUGGUGAAAAUCUUAAUGGAAUUAGCAAUGAAGAAAUAACAGUUGUAAUAUCAACGGCUGAAGACAUUCCAAACUUUCAAGAUGAAAAUACAACAAAGGAUAAUAAUGAAAAUAAUAUAAAUGUCAAGGAGAUACCUGAAGAUUUUCCUUUAAAAGCAGUGGAUAAAGAGGAAAACCAUCAUAACUUAGAGUGUAUUCAAGAUGAAGUCCCUGGUGGUGAAGCUGGAGUGUUGAAUUGCAAUGGUGGGAUAAACUUAAUUCCUGAGGAGGUCUUGAGUAAUCCGGUUUCUCACAGUAAUACAACUGAGGUAACGCAAGAGAAACAUGAAAUAUCUCAAACAAUUAUAGAUCACAAAAAUUCAAAUGAGAAUAUACUGAAGAAACAACCAGAAAGUGGUUUUGUAGUUCAGGUUUGUAAAGAGCAGCUACUUGUUUCCUUGAGGGAAAAUGUUACCAGGAAUGUACUAUCCACCUUUGAGUCUGGGACUGUGAACUCAUGUGUCUUAAAGGACCAAGCUGUUUUGAAGUUGUGGUCUAUGGAGCCUAAAUCAAAUGCAGUCAUUGAAGGAAUUUUAAAUAAUAAACCUAUCUUCAAAGAUCCUUCUGAAAAUGAGCCUAAUAAAUGUGAUCCAAGCACAGAUGACAUCAACAAGAAUGAGUCCUCAGAUAGUAAUCCUUCAGAGCUGAUGGUGCAAAAAGAUGCGGAUAAGAAAAGCUGUGAUGAGACCCACAAAGAAGUAGAUGGAGGAGAAGGGGAAGUCUGUGAAAAUGAAAACUGUGAAGAUGCUGUUGAACUAUCAUCAGAACAAGCCCCUGAAAAUUGUGGAAACAAACAGGAAGAAACUCCUGUCGAGCAAACAGAAGACCAGUCAGAAGAUCAAUCUAAACUGUUUCUAGACUCUACGGCGAAUAGUGGAAGUGAAGCUAUAAAAGCAAAAGUGGCAAGGCUUUCCCUGUCUCUCCCACCCUUAAACCUUCAAGCAUUCCAAAGCUCCAGUGGGCGGAAGUCUUUUUUUGACAAUGAUGAAGAAAAAAGAGAUGCACAUUACAACAAAGAUGAUGAGGACGAGGAAGAUGAAGGCUUUGGUCUUCCAGGGCAUCAAAGAAUAGGGUCAGAAGCUGAAGGAGAGGUGGCAGGAGUCCCUAUUGUGGUAACAGAGAUGGAUGAUGGACGUAACCUCCGAAGUCUGUUGAAGUCUCCAAAAUCUGCUGAUGAAGUGGAUGAUGAGCUUGAUCGAAAGAGAAAAAUGGUGUCCUUUUUUGAUGAUGUAACAGUUUACUUGUUUGACCAGGAGACACCCACCAAUGAACUGAGUAAUCAGAACACUCCAGAAAAUGAUCAGAUUUCCCAGAAUCCAUCACUGGAGUCAAGCUUGGAUGCUUUUUCAUCAACUGAUGAUUUCAGUGGAAGUUUUGAAUGGGACGACGACUUUCCCUUGAUGACCCAAAACUCCACAUUCCUUCCCAUGGCAGCUGAAGGUGCAGCUCUCAAGUCACCAAUAAGUCCUACUACAUCAGUACCUCCUCCACUUCAAGGGAAGCGAGUGGACGGAAACCUGAUGGACUCGCUGAGGUUCACUCGAUUCACUGUCUCACCUGCUGUAGAACCACAUGGUCCAUUAUGCGAUUCAGAUGUAGUUCCACCUGCAGGUGCCAUUGAAAACUGAAGAAAUUUUUCCUGCUAAGAGAUCUGGCUGUCAUACUGGAGUCAGUGAAGCCUCAUACUACUUUUCUAUACAUUUUCUAUGGUUAUUUUUCCUGCUUGGCCAACUUUAGGCCUGAGCAAAUAUACUCUUUUCCACAACCGUUCGUUCUCUCUGGAUUAUCAAGAUCCAUGCAUAGACGAGCAACAUAGACUGGCUUAAAAGAGAGCUUCGGCCGUCCUAUACAUGCUCUUCAUAAUCAAGCCGACACGGGAACUCUUCAUCAGAUAUUUUGGAUAAUCAGUUCUUAUCUUGUCUAUCGUGCAAGAUGGUUUCUUCAUAUUGAAAAAAUAAUGUGCCAAACUGACGCCAUUUUAUUUGAUGUCCAGUUCCAGCUUUGGUCUUCAGUCUGUACGUCAGUGUCUUGUUGGGCUCAAGUGAAUCGGACUGCAGAGUUUACAGCUUCAGUUUACAGUCCUUUUUUAUUGCUUUUUUAACCAUCUUAUUUGAAGUUCUUAGCUUCCUAAACUGAAAUCCAUUGUAAAGUGUAGAGACCCUUUUUAUCAUACAUGAGUAUUCGGGCCACAAAAGCACCAGUCAUAUUGACUUCCCAAUACAAUGCAAAUCAAGUAAGCCUUGUGAUCCAUAUAUUUUUCUUUGGCUUGCUCCAAUAUGUUGCUAUGUAUGUGCGUCCCACAUCGGCACAGUGCCGUUUAAAUGUUCCAAUGUUGGAAAGUCGGACUUAAAACUGGGAAAUGAAACUUUUUUUUUUUGUGGAAUAUUAUGUUGGAAAUCCGCCUUAUUCUCAGAGUGCCAAAAGAUGUAUCCAACCCUUUACAGUUCAUUAUGCCUGGCCAAGAAGCUUAUAAUGAGAGGGUUACAGUAAUACCUUUAUGACGUAAUAUGGGUUUUGUAUUUGAAUUGUACCUUGCAGUCUUUUUUUCACAUAGAAGCAGAGAAUUGACACCUUCAGACAUUUUCUACCAGCUGGGGGCAGGGCUGGCAAAGUGCAUUAGAUAGAAAUAUAACAUAGGUGUUUGAGAAGUCUUAACAACUGUCAGCGCGGUAAUUGACAGCGGAUGACACAUUUAUCAAGAACAGAUGCAGUGGGGGAAUGUAAGCUGUGUAUGUACAGGAUCUAUUCAUAGACAGACAUUUUAUAGUGCAGGUGAGAUGGGAAAAGAAAAGCCAAUGGCUUCCUUUUAAAAGCUCUGUGCUGAGUGUAGAGCAUCUAUAUUAUCUAUACCAGUGAUCUUCAACCUGCGGAGCUCCAGAUGUUGCAAAACUACAACUCCCAGCAUGCUGGGAUUUGUAGUUGUGCAUCAUCUGGAGCUCCGCAGGUUGAAGAUCACUGAUCUAUACUAUUGAAUGCUAAGAACUGUGAAGUUAAGAAAUUGAUGUGUAUUUUAUCAUAUUCUCAAAGUAGGUAGAUUUCAAUGGUCCUGAGGGAAAGCAGUGACAUAUCAAUGUAUAUUGGGGGGGGGUGUUUGCUAAAGAAGUUUAAUUUUACAUUUGCACGUGCUAGGGUACAUUUUUGAAAAGUCAUCAUAAUAAAUAUUAGGGAUACCCAUAAAAUUUCUUCAGACAUUUGAUAUGUUUUUUAAAGUAUACUACAUGUCAAAGGGGUACCCUGGAGAGGGACAGCCUGAGUCAUUUUAGCCCCUGUCCCAUUCCCACACAACAUAAGAAAGUGGGCAAAGAUGCUGGCCCUUCUUUGCUGCAAAAGUGUGGGGAGAGAUUUAAAGGUGGAUUCCUGGAAAAAAAACCGUAUAUAUUUAUAUAAAAAAAAAAUAUAUAUAUAUAUAUAGUGACCCCCCGACCUACGAUGGACCCGGCAUAUGAUCAAAUCGACAUACGAUGGCCUCUCAGAGGCCAUCGCAUGUCGAUGUCAGCAUCGACAUACGAUGCUUUUUUAUGUCGGGGCCAUCGCAUUAAGUGCUAUCCGGCAGCGCAAAAUGCUUAAGCUGCUGCCGGAUAGCAGCUUAAUGUUCCCCAUGUGGUGCGGUAAGUAUUACUUACCCCUCCACGAUGCUCCGGGGUGCCCUCCGGGUCCAUCGCUGGUCUUCCGGUGUCUUCUCGGCCCUCUCCGAUGACAUCAAUACACUGCUGCGCACCUCAUCCAAUAGGAAUGGCGUACGCAGUGGCGUAAUGACGUCGCUACGCAGGCCCAGUAAGGCCUUGCGGAAGACAGCAGAGGACCGGAGAAGACAGCGGAGGACCGGAGAUGACCAGGAGAGCCCAGCGGAGGCCUGGGGUCACCAUCACGAGCGGCGGGGACAGGUGAGUACAGUUUCCUAUACUUUACAUUGCAUGAAUCCCUCAACAUGUGAUGGAUUCGACAAAUGAUGGCUCAUUUGGAACAACUGGCUCCAAAAAGUUGAACAGAUUUGUAAAUUACUUCUACUAAAAAAUCUUAGUCCUUCCAGUAGUUAUCAGCUGCUGAAGUUGAGUUGUUCUUUUCUGUCUGACCAUGAAGUUGAGUUGUGCUCUCUGCUGACACCUGUCUGUCUGUCUGUCUGUCUCAGGAACUGUCCAGAGUAGGAGCAAAUCCACAUAGUAAACCUCUAAUGCUCAAAUUCAGCAGCUAAUAACUACUGGAAGGGUUAAAAAAAUGUAAAGAAGUAAUUUACAAAUCUAUUAAACUUUCUGGAGCCAGUUGAUAUAAAAAAGAAGUUUUUUCCUGGAUAACCCCUUUAAAGUAGCAUUGGGUCCUUCUGUGUAAGAAUAAAACUUAAAUUAUUUAUAGUCUGUCCACAGGAUAGGCCAUCAAUAGUUGAUUGGCAGGGUGUCGAUACCCUGCACCCCUGCCAAAUAGCUGACCGGCACAGCUGCGGCAGCAGAAAUAAACAAUGUAUGGGAGCCAGAACAUUGGCUCCAUACAUUGUAGUGGUGGAACAGGGUUAUUGCAGCACAGCUCCCGUUUACUUCAAUAGGAGUUGUGCUUCAAAAACCCAGCACCACCUUGUAAAAUAGUGUUAUAAGCCGAGACUUGUGGUUCACAUACAUUGCCUAUUUCCGGUACCACGGUUAUGCCUAUGAACUGAUCGGCUGGGGUGCAAGGUGUCGGCACCUCGCCAAUUAUCUAAUAAUCUAGAGAGAGGGAGGAAGGCGCCUCAUAUGCAGGAUCAGCAGGUCUUGUUAGUGGGGGAAGGGGAAGGUAAUUCCCAAGCCACUUACCAGAGUUGGUUGUGCGCCCACACACAACAAGGUAAAGCAUAGAAUGAAUAUAUGUGUUGGUCCACUGCAGCCCUCCUGUGUGGAAGUAGAAUCAAAACAGAAUGACCGUAAGUUCAGGAGUUUGUCCGGCGGAAAGUGGAACCAUCAGGGAGCCAGAUAAAAUCAAUGGAUUUAUUCGAUGCAACGCGUUUUGCUGCGCAUGUGUAGCUUCAUCAGGCAUGCGCAGCGAAACGCAUUGCAUCUAAAUAAUCCAUUGAUUUUAUCUGGCUCCCUGAUGGUUCCUCUUUGCGCCGGACUAACUCCUGAACUUAUGGUCAUUCUGUUUUGAAUUAACUAAUAAUGGCCUAUCCUGAUGGCAGUCAGUAAGUUUUAGAUGGAAAAGCCUUUUAUAUUUGUUCUGAUGCCACCUCUCCUCAAUGUGUGCCUAUGACUGUUCUACAGGAAUGGCAGGAAGGUUCAAUUAGUUGUUUUGUGCACUGUCAUUGUUUUCCUUUGCUCCGUUCUUCAUCAAUCUUUCUUUGCAUAUAGUCCACACUGUUUUAUUUCCUGCAAAGUAACUGCUGACUGUAAACCUGCUGCUGGUGAUAAUCUGGUUUACUCCUAGUGCCAAAAUGUACCCAAAAUGGAGCCUUAUUGAUAAAGCAAUGAAAUAAGUGACUUUUGGUAUAAAGAGAACUAUUAUAAAAGCAAAUGGUACAAUGAAAUAACUCACUCCAACAACGAUUUUUUUUUUUACUAUGUUUUUUUGUUGCACUGUUGGUAGUGAGACUUAAUCGGCAAUAUAAAUAAAUACAAGGCUCGAUUUUGGAAUUUUACUGUGAAACAUAGUUGGAGUUGCAUAUAAAUAGAUAAUAGUGUUGACUGUGCUAUCGGCCACUGGGAUACAAAUGGCUGCUUUCAAUGACUGGUGGGGGUAGGUUUUUUUAUUAGAUCAUUAUGGCCAAGCUGACAUGACAACAAUACAGAACACAUGAACUGGCUAAUCCCUUGCUAGAAGACUGUUGCUGCAACAAUGAAAAAUAAAAGAUUGGCUUCUCUACCAGAGACAUUCAGAACAAUUUUGCUUCAUUUUAAGGAGAUUUUCCGAUAUUGGGGAAUUUUCUAGUUUUACCUACUUCAUGCCGGAUUUACUCUUUGAUGAAAGCUAAAGACUAUACUAAAGUUUUGGUUUGUGUUUUUAAAAUUCCACUGAAUCCACUCCUUAACCAGAGAUCAUGUUGAGCGGCACAGCAUAUACCCAGCAUCUUAUCAUGGCGACUACCACAAAAUAUAGAUGGCUUUUAUGAUGCAUCGUAGAAUCCAGGAUUCAUGAAUGUGUGUUUGUAUGUUACUUUAUGUUAUUUUUAUUAUCAUUCAUUUUUUAUUUAUUUUUUGUUAAAUAACAACUGUGAGCUAAAGAAAGGUAAUUGUUAGUAGGCAGUAUGUUUUCUCUCCUUGUUAAAGAAGCAGUACUAGAUAGAGCAAGUGCAACCACUGGUAUUUUCUAGACCAUAGACUUUCAUUUAGUAAAAUGCAUUUUAGUUUGAUACAUUUCUAUAUAUUGCUGCUUUAAAGCAUGUACAUUAGCACUCCUGUGUGAUCACAAUCUGACAUCAUAGUGAUACAGUACUUCCACAUAAAAAAAAAAAUUUGCAACCCUGUUACUUGGGACGAUUAUCGACCAAACAGGCCAAUCCCUGUGUAUUAGGGACAGCAGUCAGCUGACUAACGCAUUUAUCUGCUGAUCAGGACUUUGGACUCAUCAAACUAAAUUUGGCCUUUUGCUGCACAUCUCCCUGUAUAAGGCUGGAUUUGCAUGACAGCAUUAGACUUAGUGUUUUGUAUCAGUACUUGUAGGCCAAGACCAGGACAGGGACUAAAAACACAAAAAAGGUACAAAUCUUUUUGUUGUUUUUUUCUCUGCAUUUCUGGUUUGGGCUUUCAAAUACUGAUUUCAAAUGUAGUUUUUAACAGAUCCAAGAAAGUUAGGAAUGAGAAGUUACAAUCUAUUACAAUCUGUUUUACAGAUCUAUUCUGAACCAUCAUGAUCCUCUUUAAUAUGGGCAUUUUCCUAUUUAUAAUGUGUCAGAAAAGAACACGUGUGAAUAGAGCCCAAGUUGAUGUUUAACAUAAGACUAUAUCACAACAUUUCUACAUAUCGUUUUUUGUUUUUUUUUAGCAGAUGUGGUUUAACAAAAGUAGGAAAAUCUUUUGUUCUAUGAUAAGUUCUGAUGGACUGAAGAGCUUCAUAUCUCUCUAUGCAGAACUCAGUUCUUGAUGAAUCAAGUCAAAACACUGGUGGUAUAAGGACAGUAAUACUCAUAUACAUAUUCACUGUCCUUGUACUGUGAGAUUUAUUUAGCUAUUAUUUAAAGGGGUACUCUGCCACUAGACAUCUUAUCCCCUAUCCUUGGAUAGGGGAUAAGAUGUCUAGGGGCGGAGUAUCCCUUUAAGGUGCAGCUAUUCUGUUAGAUCUUAUUUAUUUUUGGGUGCUUUUAGUUGACACUUACAUGCUACAUAUUGUUGUGAUAUAUAUAUAUAUAUAUAUAUAUAUAUAUAUAUAGGGGAGCUAUCAAGGGCAUGUUUGGGGGCAUUUCCCUUAGACUGGAACUGGAACCAUACUAAUACAACAGUUAUACACAGAUGCAGUUUUUGAGCCAAAAUCACAAGUAGAUGCAAAAGGAAGGAAACAUAUAGAAAAACAAGCACCCAGCCUGUCAUUUACCAAAAGUUUUUAAAUAUUAGCGAGCCAUGUCAAAAGUUUUGAUCAGUCAGAGCCUCAGUGCUUAGACCCCCCCACCGAUCAUUGGAAUGAGCCAGGAGAAGCGCACACCUAAGUGCUUUACUCCCCUUCUUGCAAUGAUCUCCAUUCAGCUUUACUAGAUGACCCCAUUAUAAGUCUAUAGAGCCUAUGAAGUGCAACCGAAGCAAGCAGCGAGCACCUAUCGCACUUUUCGCGGCUCAUUCUAAUGAUCAACAGAGUCUGAACACUCAGACCCCAAACGAUCAAAACAUCCAUAUGUUCACAAUGUGAUGUGUCAAAAGUUUUGGUAAAUUAUAUGGACACUUUAAACGGAGCCUAUCACAUUGAAAAUGCAAUCCAAUCUGCAGGCAACCUGCUAUAGAGCAGUAAGAGCUGAACUGAUAUAUAGUUAUAUAGUUGCCCCAGAAUGGGCAAAGAUUUACAUGAAUAAAUAACACGUUAUCCUGUAUAUAACAAAACUUUAUAUCAAUAUGACAUCUACUCCUACUCUGUACCAUGAUGCUUGCAAAUUAGACAGAACUUUUAAUUUGACAGGUUCUCUUUAAAAAUGCAUUUGAAAUUCCAGGGAAAUGAUAUUAGAAUGAAACCGUAUUUAGAAUUAAAGGGUUACUCCAGGGUUUAAUUGCAGGGGGUCCAAGUGCAGCACAUGGCUGUCUCCCAUGCUUCCAUGGAGAAUGCAUGGAGCGGGCGAGACAACCCUGCUAAGUACAUGACUAGAGUAGAGCCAGGGCGCUUAGGUACCCAUUUAACCACCCCGUAAUGGAACAAUUGUAGGUCUCCAAUUACUGAAAAUCUCUCUGCCUGUUCUAUCUUGCUUACCCCACUGAUGGCAAUAGGGAUAUAAGGAAGCCUUAUUAUGUGGUUUAUAGGAAAUAAGAUUGAUCUAACACUUUAUUCUUUCAAAGAUAAAAUAUCUUGCUAUAUAUGUAUACUAUAUCCUACAUGUGUGGCUUGAGACAUCAAAAUAUAUAGCUAAAAGCUACAAGUGUGUAUACUAUGUAUAUAUACUGUAUAUAUGUGUAUAUAUUAUAUAUGCAUGUAUAUGUAUAAUUGCAGUUUACAGACAUGAACACUAUCUGCUAUACCCAAUCUUUUUAUAUGAACAAUCAUCUAGUACUGCUUCUUUUAAAAACCUAAUAGUGGUAAAAGUCAAAUUGAACCAGAUGUCUGUUCAUUGUUCAAAAUGUUGCACAGUGAUAGAUGUUAAUCUGUAGGUGUAAAUGACGAUAGGGUCUCCUCGUAAAUAAUUUUCCCAUAGAUAUAAACAAAAUCAAAAUGAAACCGAAGCCCUUAAGUUGUUCUCAUCUGUUAAACCAUUGAAAAUUUUAUCUAUUUGCUAAUUCGAGAAAACUAUUUUGCUAACCAAUGUUGACCCUCUUACCACCUUCUAGGCUUCUGAAUGGCCUCUUUCCUUGGCAGAUGACCAUUAAGAAUUCUAGGGAAGCUUAGUGAGAAAUAGCAAGGCUCUUAUAUUAACCAUCUUGCAUAUUAUCAAGCAUUCCAAGAAACAGUACUAAAGGUUAAUGUUUGUAGUGUACAUUGGAGGUUUAUGUUUGAAGAAUGGACAUAUACUUUAGUAUUGGUGCCUUUGACCUAUACCAAAAGUUUACAGUGGUAUUCCAACCCAAUAGAGCCCCAAGUAUAUGCUUUGACUCCCAUUUGGGUGAAUCAGGGGCCUGUGGAUAUGUUUGACAUAUGGCUAGGAAUGUUCAUAGUGAAUAUAGAAAAUGGACAUUGCAAAAACAAUGUAAAAUGAGCUUAAACUGAAAAACCUCUACAGAUGAGAACAACUCAUGGACUCUGUUCACACUGAUAAUAGGAUUCUUGCUUUUUGAUCCCACUUUUAUUGACUUUACUGGUUGAAAAAAAUGGAACAUUGGGUUUCUCAAUUGUUAGUGUUUUGAAUAGUGUAGCAGGCUGUGCUAUUCUACCCAACAAUAACAAAGUUCUCAGAUGAAAACCAUUGGUGUUUGCCUCUAGACACAUUCCAUCGAAAUAAAUGAAGGCUUUAAACAGAAAUGUUUCCCCUAUAUUAAUUGUUAGUGUGAACUAGAGCUGAUGUAUAUGGGUUAUUCUUUUUUUAUUUAAAAUAUAAAUGAAUUAUCAUCAGCUCAGGUGAGAUAGGCAAACCUUGACCAUUUCUUCUGAAAUCAGAAAGUGCUUGGAUUGAAGGAUUCAGUACUGAAGUCAGGUGUGUACAGACCUUUAUCUGCAAUUGAGAUCUUGUUUUGAUCUAUGUUUCACAUGUGUAUGGUCAUGUCCUAUAUUGUCAUCAGAAAUGAAGACUAGGUGUGUCAAAUCAACUCUGGGACAUUGCUAUAGCCCCCAGGAAUAUUCAUAUGUUGAGACACCUAUUGGUUGGUCUGGGAUACAGCACUUUGUCCUAUGCAACAGUAUUCAUAAAUGUCCACCCAUGUGUCUUUGUUGAAUGUGAGGCACUGUAGUCUACUGUAUAUUUUUGGAUGACUUUAAGUCACCUUUAGUUCCAUGUUAAAGUAAAUAGCAUGCGAAUUUAGGGUAACUUAAUGGUCUAGUCACACGUACAGUAUUCUGCGCAGAUUUGAUGUAAACUGAAUGACUGAACACAGCUUGAAAUCCUGUGCAUCAAAUCUGCGCAGAAUACUGUACGUCUGAAUAAACCCUAAAACAGACUGGCCAUCCUCAGUGAAGGUUUAGCGUAAUUGGAAGUUAUAGUAAGUGCCACCACUAACUGAUUUUAUGCGUUUUUUUUAUGUUAUGCUACCAAGGUUUCUCAAUUAUUAAGACGAGGUUUUAGGCAGACGUCAGAAAUCCGGAAUUACUUUUUUCACUGUUUGGUUUCUCAUUAGAUUCAGUAAGAUCUUGAAUAGGAGAGCUUUAGUAAAUAAGGGAAUACUGCCCCUUCCAUCAUGUAUAAAAUGGAUAAAAAGAGUAUAAAAUUAUAUAUAUGUAAGAAACCAUAAAGACUGCAGUAUUAUCUCUCAGAAACUCACAUUAUUUUUACAUGGUUAAAAUGUGAUGUAUUUUGACAAUUUUGUCUGUAAAUAGAUACAUUUGCUGUUCUUAAGUGCAAAUUGAAAAAAAAAUUUUUCAUUCAAAAUGGUGUUUGUUCGCCAAAACAAUGUUUGCCAAAAAGGACAAAAAAAUAACAUUAAAAUAAGAACUUAU